AUGAUCUUUGGCGAAGAGUAUAAUGGAAGCAUGACUCAAAGGACUGGAGGGGGGCCUCCCACCCGCAAGGCCGGUAUAAGGCGCCCCUUGGAGGGUUGCACCGGCUCUGUUAGUACCGCAUCAGUUUCAGUCAUGAGAACAUUCUGUCUACUUCUCGUCCUUGCAUCAGCUUAUGCUGCUGAAUACCGAUGUCCGGAGAAGUACGGGCAGUUCGAGGACGCCAAGCAAUGCGACAAGUUCUACGAGUGCGAAGAAGGAGUGGCCACCGAAAAGCUCUGUCCUGAUGGAUUAGUCUUCGAUCCUCUCAACAGAAAAAUCAACAAAUGUGAUCAACCUUUCAACGUUGACUGUGGUGACAGGAUUGAGCUCCAACCACCGAAGUCAAACCACUUGUGCCCGAGAAGAAACGGCUACUUCGCACACCCCGAUGAGUCGGUCUGUCACAUAUUCUACAACUGUAUUGAAGGAGAAGCCACCGAAAUAACAUGCCCGACUGGUCUCCACUUCGACGAGUACUCUGGUACCUGUGUUUGGCCCGAAUCUGCUGGGAGGAGCAACUGCGGGCAGACUGAAACUAUCAAGCUGAAGGAUGGGUUCUCUUGCCCUAAGGCCCAGCAAGCCAACGCUCAUGGACAGACAGUUGCACACCCCGUCUUUGCCCACCCGGAUGACUGCCAGAAGUUCUAUGUCUGCCUCAACGGUGUCACUCCCAGAGAACAAGGAUGCGGUUCCAGCGAAGUAUACAACGAGGAGUCACAGAAGUGCGACCAACCAGAGAACGUUCCCGGAUGUGAGGACUGGUUCAAGGAUACCCCAAGCGCAGGAGACAAGAAGCGUUCAAGGAGGCGAUAG